AUGUGCGGACGCUUCGCGCUGUACUACUCUCGAGAACAGCUUGAACGAGUUGCUGGAACAACUCGCUGGGCUGACGCGAAGGACCAGGAAAAGCGCUACCACUACCAGCCGCGCUACAAUGUAGCUCCGCAGCAAACGGUACCACUGCUGCGCACUGUUUCAGGCGAGCGUGUUCUGCAACCAAUGCGCUGGGCGUUUCCGAUUCGUGGGCGAACUUUUGGUAAGGGUGAGAGCCCUCCAAUCGUCAUCAACGUGCGGGCGGAGACUGCUCUUGAAAAGGCGAGCUUCCGGUCAGCGUUAGAUGCAGGUCAGCGCGCUGUGGUUAUUGCGAACGGGUUUUACGAGUGGAGCGCUGCAGAUGCCCCUGGUGAGCAACAGGACGUGGGUAAAAUCAAAACAAUGACGAAAGCAUCCCGAAUACCCUAUUUUAUCUAUCACGGUGUUACAAAGAGAGAGAGCAAGGACCACUUGGCGCCUCGGAACGCGCACGACAUGAUCGACCGACCGUUGUUUAUGGCCGCCUUGUUCGUUGAGGAGACAGAGAUGAAUCGAUUUGCGAUUUUUACUGUCGCAGCCAGCGACAAAAUUCAGUGGAUGCAUAACCGCAUGCCGGCACUUUUGGAAACCGAGGAUCAGCUCCAGGCAUGGCUCGACGUUGAGCAGGUGCCUGCUCGUGUGGCGGUGCAUCGUUGUCUGCAGCCGACUGAGCAAAUCGUUUGGCACCCUGUAUCGAAUACAGUGUCUUCCGUCAAGAACGAAGGUCCGUCAUUGAUAGAGCCUCGACGCGAUGAGCCCGGAAAAAAACCCGGCCUUGAUAUCCGAAGUGCUUUUGCCAGAGGAUUGAAACGCUCUCCCUCCGCACAAGAUCUCCAAGCGCCGGAGACGAAGCAAAUGCGGCAUACGUACCAAGCGAAUCGAUAG